AUGGCUCCAUCAGUCUUCGCUUUCCCUAGGCUGGUCUGCAUUUUCCUCUUCUUCAUAGCCAUUGUCACUGCUGGAGCAGCUCCUGUAAGUAACCUUGGACAAAGAGAGGAGAUAAAAAGGAAGCUGAUGGAUAAUGGCAUUGGUCUCACACCUCAGAUGGGAUGGAACACCUGGAACCACUUCCAUUGUGAUGUUGAUGAGAAAUUGAUUAGAGAAACAGCGGAUGCCAUGGUCUCAACUGGGCUUUCAAAAGUGGGAUAUGAAUAUAUUAAUAUCGAUGAUUGCUGGGCUGAACUCAAUAGAGACUCUAUGGGGAAUCUGGUUCCUAAAGCUUCAACAUUUCCCUCAGGCAUAAGGGCUUUAGCAGAUUACGUCCAUAAAAAAGGGCUAAAGUUUGGACUUUAUUCAAAUGCUGGGACUACUACUUGCAGUCAGUCAAUGCCUGGAUCACUGGGAUAUGAAGAACAAGAUGCAAAAACAUUUGCAUUAUGGGGAGUUGACUAUUUGAAAUAUGAUAACUGUGAUAACAGUGGUACAAGCCCAAGGGAGAGGUUCCCUAAGAUGAGUAAAGCAUUACUGGAGACAGGAAGGCCUAUAUUUUUCUCGCUGUGUGAAUGGGGAGAGGAAGACCCUGCAACAUGGGCACCUGGUCUAGGAAAUAGUUGGAGAACAACAGAUGAUAUUGUGGAUAGUUGGGGAAGUAUGGCAACUCGUGCAGAUCUAAAUGAUAAGUGGGCAUCUUAUGCUGGACCUGGUGGUUGGAAUGAUCCUGACAUGCUUGAAGUAGGAAAUGGUGGCAUGACCACAGAGGAAUACCGGUCACACUUCAGCAUAUGGGCACUAAUUAAGGCUCCAUUGUUGAUUGGAUGUGACAUCCGAUCCAUGGACAAUGCAACCUUUGAAAUUCUUAGCAACAAAGAAGUUAUUGAUGUAAAUCAAGAUAAACUUGGAGUUCAAGGGAAAAAGGUUAAGAAGGAUGGAGAGUUGGAGGUUUGGGCAGGUCCUCUUAGUGGUAACAGGGUGGCAGUGAUAUUAUGGAAUAGAGGGCCUAUAAAAGCAGAACUUACUGUAUUUUGGUCUGAUAUUGGCCUUAGUUCAUCAACUAUUGUAGAUGUUCGCAAUUUGUGGAAGCAUAAAACUGAGACUUCAGUUCAAGGGAAAAUUUCUGCAGAGGUUGAGUCUCAUGGCUGUGAAAUGUAUGUCCUAUCACCAAGUGGAGUGCGCCAUUAGGAAGAAAGAGUUCUACUCAUGCUUUGAGCACAUCUAUUGAUGCACAUUUGUCAAGGUGAUGGUUUAGCAAUCUGAUGCAAAGGUGGGCGCCUAAUAACAAAUUUUGGAUGUCUCUGACCUCCAAAAAAGGAAAAAUAAAUAAUAAAUAAAAUAAAAUAAAAGAGGGGAUAUGCAGCUUAUCUGAUCAUAUCACAUUUUUAUGGAAUAUAUAUAACAUAUCAAUUUCAUGAACUAUUUUUAGUGUUGCCCCAGAAUAGCAGCAAGAAUGCUGAAAAAAAAAAUCCUAUCCAGAGUGGUAAAAUAUUUCAUAGCAAAUAAAAUAAUGUAAAAUAAGAGAAACUGUGGGUUUUGUGUUAUUCA